CUGACUGCAGCAACAUGGCCUUUCUCUGGCUCCUCUCCUGCUUCGCCCUCGUGGAGGCCGCCUUCGGCUGCGGCGUUCCCGCCAUCCAACCCGUGCUGAGCGGCCUGUCCCGGAUCGUCAACGGGGAGGAUGCUGUCCCUGGCUCCUGGCCCUGGCAGGUGUCCCUGCAGGACAAAACCGGCUUCCACUUCUGCGGGGGCUCCCUCAUCAGCGAGGACUGGGUGGUCACCGCUGCCCACUGCGGAGUCAAGACCUCCCACCUGGUUGUGGCCGGAGAGUUCGACCAGGGCUCCGAUGCGGAGGACAUCCAGGUGCUGAAGAUUGCCAAGGUGUUCAAGAACCCCAAGUUCAACAUGAUCACCGUCCGCAACGACAUCACCCUGCUGAAGCUGGCCACACCUGCCCGCUUCUCCGAGACUGUGUCCGCCGUGUGCCUGCCCAAUGCUGAUGACGACUUCCCUGCCGGGACACUGUGCGCCACCACGGGCUGGGGCAAGACCAAGUACAAUGCCAACAAGACCCCCGACAAGCUGCAGCAGGCCACCCUGCCCCUCCUGUCCAACGCCGAGUGCAAGAAGACCUGGGGCAGCAAGAUCACCGAUGUGAUGGUCUGCGCCGGCGCCAGCGGCGUCUCCUCCUGCAUGGGCGACUCUGGCGGCCCCCUCGUCUGCCAGAAGGAUGGAGCCUGGAACCUGGUGGGCAUCGUGUCCUGGGGCAGCGGCAUGUGCUCCACCUCCAUGCCUGCCGUGUAUGCUCGCGUCACGGAGCUCAUGCCCUGGGUUGAGGAGAUCCUGGCCAACAACUGAGCCCCAGGCUUUUAUCA